AUGAAAAAUGGGUCCUCUUCGUUAACCACACCCACAAACGUGCGUGGGUGCGCUGGCGAUGAAAUGCCGUAUCCUUUCGUGAAAGGUGAAAUCCAUGAGAAGAAGGUAAUUCUGAGCGUCUGGUGGGAAGUACCGUUUCGAACUGCUGCCGGACAACACGACAGUUACUACCGAGGUCUACUGCGCUCAACUGCCAAGACUAACCGACAAGAUCCGCAAGGAGCACCCGAAGCUCAACAACGUCGGCCUGCUGCACGUUAA